AUGCCCACCAACCCAACCAAACUUCUCCUCCCUCUGGCAUCCCUCCUCCUCCUCCAAGGGUCCAUAACCAGCGCCUGCGAGGUAUGGUCCGGCGUACAACACACCUUCUACGGCUACCCGGACAACGACCCCCCCGGCGCAGCCAUCUCGCAAGAUUGCGGCCGCGGCUUCACCGCAGGAGGCACAGGCACCUUCAGCGACCCGCUGACGAUGGCCACGGCGCCGGGCGAGCUCGAGAACUGCGAGGUCGUCUACGUGCCGUUCCUGAAGAAGUACCUGCGCAACGAAGACUACUGCGCGCAGUGCGUGGUCGACUGGCAGAGCGGUCUCCGUCACAUCGACGUGUGGACCGGCGAGAGCACCGUCAAUGGCGGGGAGGACCAGAUCAACUGUGAGAAGCAGUUGACUACGGCCGAGUCCAUUUAUACCAUUGUUCGGAGCCCCAGGGGGGAUUUGGAGGUUGACCCCAACCCGAUUUACACGCCCGAUAAUGACGGCCAGACCUGCCAUGCUGACCGUGUCUACCCCGGUUUCGACUCGCAGCAGUUCUGCUAG